UUGUGUUUUCUAGUGGUUACUCUAGCUUAUUAUUGUUUGAGUACUAGAUCGUAAAAAUACCAUCAUUUUUUUUAAUUCACUCUAAAAUAUAGGUAAAAUCGGGUAGUGUAAAAUGUUUCGUCACGAAUACGGCCUCGCGAUGGAUCGCGAUCAGAAUGGGGCCUCGAUUGUGUCCUCCUAUCAGGUGGAUGACUUGAUGGAAAAGCUGAAACUGUUAAAUUUCGAGCGACUUCUACUGAAGGAGAUGAAAAUGAAGCAAAUUAAUCGAUACUAUUUUCUAAAGUCAUUCAAUCCGGGGGAGCAGUUUUUCAUGUUCACUUCUAUAUGUGCCUGGUUGAACCGAAUGAUAGGACGAACUUUUGACCAACCGCAGGAAUUUGAUGAUCCAAAUAUGGUUAUUUCAAGAAUUAUCCGAGUUUUACAGGAAAUGGACAUACCAACAGAUUUUCAAUCCAACAAGUUGAUACAAGGAGCGGGUCCGAUAUGCAUUUACAUAAUGGACUGCCUGGCAACCCAGGCUUUAAAGCUGACCAAAUUUCAAAUUAAACGUCCUGAGUGUAAAAAGGAAGACGAUCCAAUGGUGGAUCUCAUCGAAAAUGAUUCCGAGAUUAUUUUAGAAAAAGUUGAAGAAGAGCAAAUGGCGGGAGUAAGCGAUGAAAAUGACGAUGAAGGGAAUGGAUUGUUUGAUCUGAAUUUUUCUGACCAAAAAUACAAAAAGAUCAACAACAAGGAGUACAAGAUAGACUCAUUGACAGCUAGCGAAAACUGGCGGUUGGAACUGGAACGUGUUUUACCGCAGCUGAAAGUCGUGGUUAAAACAGAUCCACGUGAUUGGAGGGCUCAUCUGGAGCAGAUUAGAAGUUUGCGGGCCAACAUUGAAACCGCAACUGAAGAAACGGAUAGCCAGUUAAAGAAACUUCAGACCGAUAUAGCAUAUGUGAUGGAGAAAAUUGAAAGCCGCGAGAAACAUCUGAACAAUGACUUAAAAGAUUUGAUUCAAACUUAUAAGGGAGUACUGAUUGAGUAUAAUCAGGUGAACAAACUUAUCAAGGAAAGCGAUGGAGAAAAAACAGAGAAGAAGCACGAAUUGUUAAAAAUAACUAACGAGUUAGAAAAUAUAAAAGUUCAAAUGGAGCAGAGAGGAAAUUCCAUGACUGACGGAAGUCCAUUGAUCAACAUAAAGAAGGCAAUUUUUAGAAUAAAAGAAGAAAUUUCCGAAAUGGAUAUAAAAAUCGGUGUUAUGGAGCAUACUUUGAACUCGGAGAUUAUAAAACAAAGUGCGCAGUACGCGGAAUUCGAUUCAAUGAUAAUGACUGCGCAUUGAUAAAUUUGGUCGAUUAAAAAUAUAUGUACAUAACUUAUUUGAUUACGUCUACUAAAACUGUAAAUUUUUUAUUCGAAACGGCAAGCAUGCUCUGUUUGGCUAAUGAACUUAAUUGCAGUUUUUUGAGUUCGUGAACUCUUGUUAUUUGAGUCAUGCUAUGUCAUCGAUAAUUUUCCGAUAUUAUACAGAGGCUGGAAUAAGAAUUGCUGGGGCCCCGUUUUCAGUUGUAAAAAUUUCCCUAGGGGAAUAUGUCAUACAAAAAUACAAACUAAAGGAAGAUUAAGGAAAGAUUGUUAUCUAGUUAUGAGUCAUGAGAAGUGAACUUUUGUGUGGUGGCCUCCAAAGUCUGGGGGUCCGGAGGCCAUGUCCCACCUGAACCCUCCCUAAAUCCGGUUAUGUAC